CCAACACCACCACCUCUACCGCGCAAAACUAUCGACAGCGCCCACCGCACCGGGUGGAAGACGGCGGACACGAUGCCGGCGAAGCGGAAGGCACCCGUCGUUGAUGGGCGGGCGACGAAACGAAUCGCCUCAGGCGCCGCCACCCCGAUCUCGAUGGACGAUGGCGACGAGGAAUACGAUGGGACCAGCGACGAAUUCGAUGAAGAGGAGAGGCAGGCGCCACGGAAGUACGACAAAGUAGUCCAGAGGUACCAGCCUGCCACAUACCAGAAACCUGCCGCCGCCGCCUCAUCGCACGGCGACGCUGCCAGUCAUCUCUUCAAAUCUACGCGCAAUUUCUUCAACGAGACCCUCAAACCUGAUCACCACCUCCGCCCGUUGUGGAUCGAUCCAGCCAACGGCAAGGUCGUACUCGAGACCUUUGCACCGAGUUUCAAACAGGCACAGAACUUUUUGAUCAAUAUUGCCGAGCCACAAAGUCGAACGACAAAUAUGCACGAAUAUACAAUCAGUCCUCACAGUCUGUUUGCCGCAGUGUCUGUGGGUCUGACCGAGCAAGACAUCAUCCGCGAUCUCGAGCUGUUCUCGAAGACGAAGGUCCCUGCUAACAUCAUCGACUUCGUGCACGAGGUGACUCAGUCUUUUGGAAAAGUGAGACUCGUGUUGAAGCACAAUAAAUACUUUGUGGAAAGCAACGAUGCGUCCGUGCUGCAAAUGCUGCUGCGGGACCCGGUCAUUAGCUCGACACGUGUAGAUGAUACUGAGGAUCUACAGACGGACAAGGCGGCGAAGAAGGGCAAUCUGACGAUUCAAGGAACCGCACAGGCAAGAGCAGAUAAGGAGGCUAUGCAGCAAGCGGAGGCAGCACAAAAGCGAGACGAAGAGGAUGAUUCAGACGACGAAUUUGGUGGCCGCGAUGCGGAGAAGACCAUGACGGAGUUUCUGCGCGAGGAAGAAGAUGAUGAGGAUACAGACCUUGUUCAUUCCUUCGAAAUCGAUGGCAAUCAGAUACAAAAGGUGCAGGAGCACUGCAACGUCAAGCUCAACCUGCCGUUGACCGAGGAGUAUGAUUUUCGAGCAGAUGAUAUCAAUGCGAAUCUGGAUAUCGACCUGCGGCCGAAUGUGCAAAUCAGAUACUACCAAGAACAUGCGCUCAGUAAGAUGUUCGGAAACGGACGCGCUCGAAGUGGCAUCAUCGUUCUGCCAUGCGGAGCCGGCAAGACCUUGGUCGGCAUUACUGCAGCCUGCACGGUCAAGAAGAGUGCGAUCGUGCUGUGCACAAGCGCCAUGAGUGCUGUCCAGUGGAAGGAAGAGUUCAAGAAAUGGUCGAAUAUCAACCCUGACGACAUUGCCAUUUUCACCAGCGGUGAGAAGGAAAGCCUGCGGGAGAAGGCGGGAGUCAUCAUCUGCACGUACAGUAUGGUCACGCAGAACACUCGUCGUGCCCACGACAGCCAAAAGGUCAUGGACUUCAUCACUGGGCGAGAGUGGGGCCUCAUGGUUCUGGACGAGGUCCACGUGGUGCCAGCAGAGAUGUUCAGGCGAGUGACAGAACGCAUCAAGACACAUUCGAAACUCGGACUCACUGCAACCCUCCUGCGAGAAGACGACAAGAUCAAAGAUCUAAACUUCCUCAUCGGACCGAAACUGUACGAGGCCAAUUGGCUUCAGCUCAGCGAGGAAGGACACAUUGCGCGUGUGCAGUGCGCAGAAGUAUGGUGUCCAAUGACUACCGAAUUCUACAAGGAGUACCUAGAAGCCAAGACAACAAACAAGCGAAGCUUGCUGUCGACGAUGAAUCCGCGCAAGUACCAGGCAUGCCAGUUCUUGAUCGACUUCCAUGAGAGGCGUGGUGACAAAGUCAUUGUAUUCUCAGACAAUGUCUACGCUUUGGAGAAAUACGCAAAGGGCAUGACUAAACCAUACAUCUAUGGUGACACAGGUCAGCGCGAGCGCGAGAUUGUGCUGCAGAACUUCCAACAGAACGACGCCGUGUCUACUAUCUUCCUGUCCAAGAUUGGUGACACGUCUCUCGACUUGCCGGAGGCGACAUGCCUGAUUCAGAUCUCCUCGCACUACGGAUCCCGGCGUCAAGAAGCACAGCGCCUGGGUCGUAUCUUGCGGGCAAAGCGACGUAAUGACGAAGGCUUCAAUGCCUUCUUCUACUCCCUGGUCAGCAAAGACACAAAUGAAAUGUACUACUCCUCCAAGCGACAAGCAUUCCUAGUCGAUCAAGGCUAUGCUUUCAAGGUCAUCACGCAUCUCAAUGGGAUCGAGAGAAUGCCGAACCUGGCUUUCAACACUCAGCAGGAGCGAAUGACACUGCUCACUGAUGUGCUGCUCCAAAACGACACCACGGGCGACGUCGAGGAUAUCAAGGACGAUCUAUUCAGCGAUCGGAACGUAUCGCGAACCAAGAAGAAGGGCAGUGGUGUGCGAAGGCAAGCUGGCACGUUGUCGUCGCUGGCAGGAGGAGAUAAUAUGGCGUACAUGGAGCACGACAAGGGCAGAAACCCGAACAAGGCGCUGGCCAAACCGAGAAACACGUUUUUCAAGAAGAAUGCGGCGGCGCAAGCCAGGCGGGCGAAAGCUGCGAAAGAUUUUGCGGACCAGGUUUAGAUUAAUUUCAACGGGAAGACAGACUGCAAGAUAUGGUAGUGCACCGGUAGACUGUCUUGAGAUGUACGAGGCGAUGGGUUUAUUGCAUUAGUUGUGUAUGAAUAGGAAAAGUAAUGUUGAAACCUCCAGCCGUCUCCUGGCAACAACAUUGGAAGCUGACUCUGUUCUAUCGUUGUGGACGACAUUCGGCUUGUGCGCAACUCCAGCCCUGAGCGUAUCAGUUCGAGAGGAUUGUAGCGGGAUGAAACGCAUCAAGUCGAAACAUUUCAUUCCUUCGACGUUCCGUUUGGGAAGGACCAACAAGC